AUGUUUAUAAUCAUCUCGCUACUAUCCACGCUCUUCUGUACCGAUGAUUUCCUACUCUUCAAUGGAGAAACCAAUCUACUCGCCAAUCGAGACGGUGAAAAAGUCCUCCGCAGCUUUGCCGCCGUCGAUACCUUCUUAAGAGCCAAUCUAGUCACCAACCUCGAUGGCAAAAACGACCUCCCCAGCUUUGCUGACGUGGAGAUGUUCUUAGACGAUGACAUCGCUUUCCUCUUCGCGCUGGCCGUUUUGGGUCUGGUUGGAGAUACAGAAAGUGGUGGACUGCGAAUAUUUACUUGA